GGGAUCGUCCCCGACAUCGGCACCGAGUUCAACCGCUUCGGCCUCGAGGCCAUCUCCUGGGUGCUGUUCUCGUCCCGCCUGGGCUGCCUGGGGGACACCGGCGAGGCCGCCGAGGGUGUCAUCCGCUGCGUGGGCGCGGUGCUGGCACUGACGCUGGUGACAAUGGCACUGCCCCGUCCCCUCCUGCGCCUCGUUCCUGCGCCCUGGGACGCCUUCUGCCGCGCCUGGGACCAGCUCUUCGCCUUCGCCAAGGGACACGUGGACCGGCGCGUGGCCGAGGUGGCCGCGCGGGGGUCGCCGGCCGAGGGGGACACGUGUGUCACCGACCUGCUGGCCCGGGAGCACGUCCCCGUCAGCAGCAUCUACGGGAACGUCACCGAGCUGCUGCUGGCCGGGGUGGACACGGUGGCCAGCACGCUGGCCUGGAGCCUGUACGAGCUGGCGCGGAACCCGGGGGCGCAGGCGGCCCUGCACCGCGAGCUGCUGGCUGCCACUGCCACCAACAGGGGCACCCGCGGUGACACUGCCACCACCGACAGGGCCACUGCUGCUGCCACCGCCGCUGCGCUGGCACGGCUGCCGCUGCUCCGGGCUGUGGUGAAGGAGACCCUCAGGCUGUACCCUGUCAUCCCGGCCAAUGCCCGCGUCGUCCCCAACUGCGACAUCCGCGUCGGCGACUACCUGGUGCCACGCCAGACCCUCAUCACCCUGUGCCAUUACGCCACAUCCCGCGACAGCCGCUUCUUCCCAGCGCCCGACGCCUUCCGCCCGGAGCGCUGGCUGCGCCACGGGGACAGCGGGGACACGCCUGGGGACACGCCUGGGGACACGCCUGGGGACACUCCCGGGCACCCCCCCGGCCCCGGGCACCCCUUUGCCUCUCUGCCCUUCGGCCUCGGCCCUCGCAGCUGCGUCGGGCGCCGCUUGGCUGAGCUGCAGCUGCACAUGGCGCUGGCACAGAUCCUGCUGCGCUUCGAGGUGCGGCCGGAGCCUGGGGGGGGCCACGUGCGCCCCAUGACCCGCACCCUGCUGGCCCCCGCCGCCCCCAUCAGCCUGCGCUUCCUCGAGCGGUGACAGCGGGGACAGCGGGGACAGCGGGGACAGCAGAGGCUUUGGACACCAGGGACACUGGGGACAGCGGGGACAGCAGAGGCUUUGGAGACCCGGGGACACCGGGGACUCCAAGCAGCAGGACCUUGACCCUGGUCCUGACUUCACCACCAGUAAUGACACUGACCGCAGUGGUGGCCUUGACACCACAGUGUCCCCAAGGUCAUCAGGUCCCUGGACCCUGUGGUGGCCCUGACACUGUGGGUGACUCCUGGUGACCCCAACUCCAGAACUGGCCCUGACACUGCUGUGGCCCCACAGUGACACCGACUGU